AUGGCGGUAUCUGUGCGUUCCUGCUGGACGCUGGCUGUGACCAUGUUCCUUGUGUUGACGGUGAGUGCAGACUGCGGGGCAGACAUAUUGUAUACAUCACCUACAACUUCAACAGACAGAUAUAAUCUCUAGCGUAAGUACAACAUAAUAUUUUUUCAUAACAUAAAGUUUGUAUUAAAAGGGGAUUACUUAAUGUUCGCUCUUUACUUGGCUAUCUGCACAUGGGUUUCUCUGAACUUUUUUCAUAGAGCCGCUCAGAUCUCAAAGAGUUUGCUAUAGGCCUACCUACACUCUUAGAAUUAGUGGUGAGUCGAGGAACCCUGGAGAUCCUCAAGGAACGCCUGGAGUUCAUGGUUCAUAUGUGCACCUUCGGUAAGUUGAGGUGUUCUUGGAGGAACCGUUUGGUUCAAUGAAGCAACCUGGAGUGGAAGCAUGGCUUAGAAGGGGCAUGACUUUAUGAUAGAACGGCUAUGGGCUGUUCUUACGCAAGACUCAACGCGGAGUGCCUGGAUACAACCCUUAGCAGUGGUAUUUUGGCCAUAUACCACAACCCCCCGAGGUGCCUUAUUGCUAUUAUAAACUGGUUACCAACGUAAUUAUGGUCAAAACAUAUAGAUUCAAUGGUUGUAAAGAUGGGGAGAGGUCUGUCCGUAAUAAAGAGAUGCUCUGCUUUUUUGACACCACACUCCAAAAAGCAAGUUCUGCAGGCUCUAGUUUUGUCUAAUCUUGAUUAUUGUCCAGUUGUGUGGUCCAGUGCUGCAAGGAAAGACCUAGUUAAGCUGCAGCUGGCCCAAAACAGAGUGGCACAUCUUGCUCUUCAUUGUAAUCAGGGGGCUGAUAUAAAUACUAUGCAUGCCAGUCUCUCUUGGCUAAGUUUUGAGGAGAGACUUCUUUUUAUAAGAAACAUUAAUGUGUUGAAAAUCCCAAAUUGUUUGCAUAGUCAACUUACACACAGCUCUGACACAUACACUUACCCCACCAGACAUGCCACCAGGGUCUUUUCACAGUCCCCAAAUCCAGAACAAAUUCAAGAAAGCGUACAGUAUUAUAUAGAGACAUUAUUGCAUGGAACUCCGUUCCAUCUCAUAUUGCUCAAAUAAACAGCAAACCUGGUUUCAAAAAACAGAUAAAGCAACACCUCACGGCGCAACGCCUCUCACCUAUUUGACCUAGAUAGUUUGUGUGUAUGUAUUGAUAUGUAGGCUACGUGUGCCACUUAAAUUUUUUUAUGUAGUUCUGUCCUUGAGCUAUUCUUGGCUAUUAAUGUUCUGUAUUAUGUAAUGUUUCAUGUUUUGUGUGGACCCCAGGAAGAGCUAAUGGGGAUACUAAUAAAAUACCAAAUAAGAACACUAAACGCAUCAUCUUGUGUCAUACCAGUGGUAUACUGUCUGAUAUACCACAGCUUUCAACCAAUUAGCAUUCAGGGAUCGAAUGACCCGGUUUAUAAUCUGCAUUAUGUAAUAAUGUUGUUUUAAAUUCUCCAAAGUAGAAUUAAAGCAGGAAUCACCAGUGACUUGGUCAAUAAAGAAGUGGUCAGAUGACGCAGAUGCUAAGCUACAGGACAGUUUUGCUAGCACAGACUGGAAUAUGUUCCGGGAUUCUUCCGAUGGCAUUGAGGAGUACACCACACCAGUCACUGGCUUCAUCAAUAUGUGCAUCGAUGACGUCAUCCCCACAGUGACUGUACGUACAUACCCCAACCAGAAGCCAUGGAUUACAGGCAACAGCCGCACUGAGCUAAAGGGUAGAGCGGGACUCUAACCCGGACGCUUAUAAGAAAUCCCGGUAUGCCCUCCGACGAACCAUCAAACAGACAAAGCUUCAAUACAGGACUAAGAUUCAAUCAUACUACACCGGCUCCGACGCUUGUCGGAUGUGCCAGGGCUUGCAAACUAUUACAGACUACAAAAGGGAAGCACAGCCGCGAGCUGCCCAGUGACACGAGCCUACCAGACAAGCUAAAUUACCUCUAUGCUCGCGUCGAGGCAAGCAACACUGAAGCAUGCAUGAGAGCAUCAGCUGUUCUGGACGACUGUGUGAUCACGCUCUCCGUAGCCGAUGUGAGUAAGACCUUUAAACAGGUCAACAUUCACAAGGCCGCAGGGCGGAUUCCCAGGACGUGUACUCCGAGCAUGCGCUGACCAAAGUGUCUUCACUGACAUUUUCAACCUGUCCCUCACUGAGUCUGUACUACCAACGUGUUUCAAGCAGACCACCAUAGUCCCUGUGCCCAAGAACACUAAGAUAACCUGCCUAAAUGACUACCGACCCGUAGCACUCACAUCUGUAGCCAUGAAGUGCUUUGAAAGGCUGGUCAUGGCUCACAUCAACACCAUUAUCCCAGAAACCUCUAGACCCACUCCAAUUUGCAUACCGCCCCAACAGAUCCACAGAUGAUGCAAUCUAUUGCACUCCACACUGCCCUUUCCCACCUGGACAAAAGGAACACCUACGUGAGAAUGCUAUUCAUUGACUACAGCUCAGUGUUCAACACCAUAGUGCCCUCAAAGUUUAUCACUAAGCUAAGGACCCUGGGACUAAACACCACCCUCUGCAACUGGAUCCUGGACUUCCUGACGGGACACCCACAGGUGGUAAGGGUAGGUAACAACACAUCUGCCACACUGAUCCUCAACACGGGGGCCCUCAGGGGUGCGUGCUUAGUCCCCUCAUGUACUCCCUGUUCAACCAUGACUGCAUGGCCAGGCACAACUCCAACACCAUCAUUAAGUUUGACGACGACACAACAGUGGUAGGCCUGAUCACCGACAACGAUGAGACAGCCUAUAGAGAGGAGGUCAGAGACCUGGCCAUGUGGUGCCAGGAUAACAACCUCUCCCUCAACGUGAUCAAGACAAAGGAGAUGAUUGUGGACUACAGGAGAAAGAGGAUCACGCACGCCUCCAUUCUCAUCGACGGGGCUGUAGUGGAGCAGGUUGAGAGCUUCAAGUUCCUUGGUGUCCACAUCACCAAAAAAAUAUCAUGGUCCAAACACACCAUGGCAGUCGUGAAGAGGGCACGACAAAGCCUAUUCCCCCUCAGGAGACUGAAAAGAUUUAGCAUGGGUCCUCAGAUCCUCAAAAAGGUUACAUCACUGCCUGGUAUGGCAACUGUUCGGCCUCCGACAGCAAGGCACUACAGAGGGUAGUGCGUACGGCCCAGUACAUCACUGGGGCCAAGCUUCCUGCCAUCCAGGACUUCUAUACCAGGCCCUAAAAAUUGUCAAACACUCCAGACACCCUAGUCAUAGACUGUUCUCUCUGCUACCGCAUGGCAAGCGGUACCAGAGCUCCAAGUCUAGGUCCAAAAGGCCUCUUAACAGUUUCUACCCCCAAGCCAUAAGACUCCUGAACAGCUAAUCAAAUGGCUACCCAGACUAUUUGCAUUGAUCCCCCCCCCCCGCCAUUGACUCUGUACCGGUACCUCCUGUAUAUAGCCUCGCCACUGUUAUUUUACUGCAGCUCUUUAAUAAUUUUUUAUUAAUUUUUAGUUAUCUAUUUUUUACUUAACUUAUUUUUCUUAAAUGCAUUGUUGGUUAAGGGCUUGUAAGUAAGCAUUUCACUGUAAAGUCUACACCGGUUCAAUUUGAUUUGAUUUGAUUUGAAAGCAUAUGAGGUAUACUCUCCCCAAUUACAUCCUACAGCUUUGCCUGAGGCAAGGGAGGGGGUUGAUGUCAGAGAGAGACUGAAGAAAUGUCACAUACCAUUAGAGCUGUUUGGAUUCUCAGGAUUGAUUCGCUCUUGCUAAAUGUACUGUGUGAAUGGUGGAACACUCAAUGCACUGUGGUGUUUGUGUGAAGCCCCCAGCCUCCCAACUCCCACGACCAAGGGCACUGUGCUGGGGAAUUUAGAGUGACAUUUCUCACACAACGGAGAGCACUUCACGUCUGAUAGGCUGUGGUCAUGGGGUCUCUCUCCAUCAAGCGUACUGUAGCUCUACCGUAAACCUGAGCACUGUGUUUUUCAAUAAUAAUGAGAUGUAUGGGUUAUUGGAAAGGAGAACCACAAAGAGACAAAUAGAUUUCAAGGGUGGACAGUUGAUGAAAUAUUGGAUUGAGGAAUAACAUUGUUUAUCAUCAUAUACAGUGCAUUCGGAAAGUAAUUAGACCCCUUCCCUUUUUCCACAUUUUGUUACGUUACAGCCUUAUUCUAAAAUGGAUUGAAUGAAAAAAAUCUUCAUAAAUCUACACACAAUACCCCAUACUGACAAAGCGAAAACAGUUUUUUUUACAUUUUCGCAAAUGUAUGAAGAGUAAAAAACAGAAAUACCUUAUUUACAUAAGUGUUCAGACCCUUUGCUAUGAGACUUAAAAUUGAGCUCAGGUGUAUCCUGUUUCCAUUGAUAAUCGUUGAUGUUUCUACAACUUCAUUGGAGUCAACCUGUCGUAAAUUCAAUUGAUUGGACAUGAUUUGGAAAGGCACACAACUGUCUAUAUAAGGUCCCACAGUUGACAGUGCAUGUCAGAGCACAAACCAAGCCAUGAGGUCAAAGGAAUUGUCCGUAGAGCUCCGAAACAGGAUUGUGUCGAGGCACAGAUCUGGGGAAGGGUACCAAAACAUUUCUGCAGCAUUGAAGGUCCGCAAGAACACAGUGGCCUCCGUCAUUAUUAAACGUAAAAAGUUUUGAUCAACCAAGACCAAGACAACCACAACACUGCCCAGGGAGGUGACCAAUAACCCGAUGGUCACUCCGACAGAGCUCCAGAGUUCAUAUGUGGAGAUUGGAGAACCUUCCAGAAGGACAACCAUCUAUGCAGCACUCCACCAAGCAGGCCUUUAUGGUAGAGUGGUCAGAUGGAAGUCAUUCCUCAGUAGAAAGCACAUGUCAGCCCGCUUGGAGUUUGCCAAAAGGCACCUGAAGGACUCUCAGACCAUGAGAAACAAGAUUCUCUGGUCUGAUGAAACCAAGAUUGAACUCUUUGGCCUGAAGGCAAAGCGUCACGUCUGGAGGAAACCUGGCACCAUCCCUACGGUGAAGCAUUGUGGUGGCAGCAUCAUGCUUUGGGGAUGUUUUUCAGCAGCAGGGACCGGGAGACUAGUCAGGAUCGAGGGAAAGAUUAACGGAGCAAAGUACAUGAAAACCUGCUCCAGAGCGCUCAGGACCUCAGACUGGGGCAAAGGUUCCCCUUCCAACAGGACAAUGAGCCUAAGCACACAGCCAAGACAACGCAGGAGUGGCCCAGCCAGAGCCCGGAUUUGAACCCGAACUAACAUCUCUGGAGAGACCUGCAAAUAGCUGUGCAGCAAUGCUUCCCAUCCAACCUGACAGAGCUUGAGAGGAUCUGCAGAGAAGAAUAGGAGAAACUCCCCAAAUACAGGUGUGCCAAGCUUGUAGCGUCAUACCCAAGAAGACUCAAGGCUGUAAUCGCUGCCAAAGGUGCUUCAACAAAGUACUGAGUAAAGGGUCUGAGUACUUAUGUAAAUGUUUUAUUUGCGUUUUUUAAUUUUUUAAUACAUUUUCAACAAACCUGUUUUAAAAAAAAGCUAUUUAAUCAAUUUUAGAAUAAGGCUGUAACGUAACAACAUUUUGAAAAAGUCAAGGGCUCUGAAUACUUUCCGAAUGCACUGUAUGUGAUCAAGUUUAAAUAUAAAGCAAAGAGUUUCAUAACUGCUAAUUUUAUUCCCUUAUGAUUUAUUGAUUAAUUUCAUUUGAUGUUCUGAUCUCGAUCUCUCCCCCAGACAUGUACGUUAGAGCGUCAAGGAGCUCUCAGACCCAAAAAGUCCUGGGAGCUGUGUGAGGAAGUCUGCAGGCUAGAAAUGCUGACAGUCCAACAGAGGGAGACAAGGCUACCACAGAAAGCUCCAAGCUGGACAACAAUGACCCACAUCAACUAGUAAAGAAGUACGGGGGCUUCAUUAAGAAAAUGGCCGAACUGUACGGUCCUGUCGACCACAGCAGGGAGACAGCAGGGCGAAGCGCUACGGAAACCUGCUGAGGAGCGCAAGACAAAGCUCUGACUUGGAGAAUGGUAUCCAACAGCUGCAGAAGCGCUACGGUGGCUUCAUGAGGAGGGUGGGAAGGCCAGAGUGGAGGGAGGAGCAGAAACGCUACGGAGGCUUCCUCAACAAGCAAGCAUGGAGGGAGGAAGAGGAUGAGGAGGAGGAGAAGGAGCGCGUUGAGUUGGAAGACGUUCCUGACGUGGUGGAGAAGAGAUACGGAUGA